UACAUGCUUAUGGUUUGCUUACGAUUCAGUCACAUCUUUUGUUCGGAAUGCGCUAAACAGCUUGGCUUCACACAACUGGAAAAUCAGGGGCGCAACACUUGCCCUGCAUGCAACGCCCAACUGGCCAAAGCAGACAGCAUCUUCUUCACCAAUCUCAAUCCAACUGAAGAAUAUAAAGCAUGUAUACUCAGUGGAUUGAAUCCCAGCAUAGUCAUGGAGUGCGCGGGACGAGCUGUCGGCUUCUGGGCGUAUCAAAUCACCCAAAACCUACACUAUCAGCAGCACCUGUGCAAGACAUUACAAGAAAAGUACUCGGAUUUGUGGACUCGAUGUGAUCAAAUUAAUAGAGAUGCUGAUGCAAAAAUCAACGGACUACGUGGGAAAUUGGAAAGUAUGACGAAUUCGCGAGACAUUUUGCAACAAAAGAAUGUCGAACUGGCGGAGGCUCUUCGAGAUAAAAAUCGCAAGCUUUACCAGACACAGGAGCUUUAUACUCAAGUCAAGAGAAAAGCCGAAUUGGGCCAAAUUGAGCGAGCAGCGUACGAUGCCGUCGAUAAUUCCAUCCGCUUAGCGCCGCAGCCCGCAACGAACGGCCAAGAACCACACGGCUUUCAUUCGAGUUUCCACGAUACAAAUGAACCAGUUUACUCUCUCAGCCAUGGGCCACGGUUCGAUACUACAGGGUUCACCACAGGUCUGUCUGGAUCCAAUCUUCAACGGAACGAGCGUGAAGAUCCCUGGGCAAGAAAACGGACUCCAUCUCAUGGCCUCACCCCUGAAACCCAGUCGUACCGCCGUACAACAAGCGGCCAGGGACGGGCAGACAUUUUCCCUCCCAAUAUCGCCAGCAACAAGGGAUUGUCCAGGGGGGGCAGCACAAGGCAGCCAGGUGCGAAC